AGAUGAAUGACGUCACAGAGUGCAUUCGCAGUGAAUAUUUUCUUCCCAAAGAGAAAGUGAGGUCACGUGUGAUGAAGAAAGAUGUUUCGAUUAACAAUAAAAAAGUUAUAAAGAAAAGUGGAAUAUAUUAUCCAUUGGAUAUAUGGUUUAUAUUGGCUAACUACAUUAAACCAGAGCAAAUUCACACAUUCUCGUGCAUAUGUCGUGGAUCCUACCAGGCUAUAACUUCAAGGAAAUUUUGGAUGGAUCUUUAUAAACGUUAUAUCACAGACAUCGCUAACUUGCCAGUAUGUUUAAAGCCAAAUUUUAUAGCAAACAAACCUGGACUUAAAACUCGUAUAGUACGAGCCCUGUUUUUUGCGUAUCCGAAUCUGAAUAACCGUGUCUUGAGGGAGAAUUCAUUGGAAAUGACGAAUGUUGAAUUAUUACAGCAAUUGAUUGGGUUACGUUGCCACAAUACUUGGUACAAAAUUGAAAGCACAUUGAAAAGUUCCCACACUUAUUUAUUUCGAUUUCAAGUUGGUGAACCCAAGGACCAAAAUUUGUCUCAACCUAACGAGAUAUCCAGUACAAACGAUCAUCUAAAUCAUAACGAUGAAGAAGACUAUAUUGUGUUACAAGUAAAAGUCCAAGAUUUCACACGUGUGCAAUUCACAGCGGAUGCUGCUCUUCUUGAUUUCUCGAUGGAUACAAACUUGACAACUCUAAAAAUGGUGUUUGGUUGUUUGGACGAGGACGAUGGUAAUGAGGAGUGUAUUGUUCUGAAGUCAGUCAGUGGAGUGCAACUGCUACGUUGGUGGCACCCGUCUUAUCCUCAUCGUGAUUGAAGUGACACUGAUCUUAUAAAAACUUUGGACUACCCAGAUUGACAAUUUUACCAAGAUCAAUAAACAAAUUUGGCUAACGUUGUUUACAUCGUUGCUACUGUUGCUACACAAUUCACAACUUUAGAUAACUAACAUGCCUAGUUUCCACUGUUCUAGUUUACAGAAGCGUAGAAUAGAACAAAA